UGCAGCGCCUGCUCGACGAUAUCCGCACCUCCUCGAGUUUCCGCUUUCGCGCGAGCGCACCGUCCGAGACCAAGGUGGCGCGGACGUAUGUGCAUCCACAGCAGCCUGGGCAGCAAGCCGCGUAUCUUUUCGCAGAGUCCCUAGUGCAUCGUUUCAUGCGGAGCGCAGACCUGCAGGUCCCAAAACUUUGGUUCGCGGCGAACGCCGAUGCGGUGGUGGAGCUGUACGGGGCGCAACAUGAGGUCACGCGCGACACCCUCUCUCUGGUCACGGGGACACUUGAAGCCCGCAAGUACGCCAUGUUCGCCAGCGACGGCUUUCCUGAGGAGCAGAUCCGAUUCGAAGUCUACGCUUCUACUAAGCGGAGUGGGCAGUGGGGGCGCUUUCCUCCUCCGGCUGACAUGCCGCUGCGAGACGGCGAGCUAGAGAGAUGCUUCCAGUCGCGUGUCUCCGAUCGGGCAGGCGGAUGGGACGCACUGAUCGUGGCUCGUAUAGGUUACAAGGAAGGUAGUUCCGAGCCGCAAGAGCUUUAAUCGUUCUCGAGGUGUUGGCAUGCCAGUGAGACGAAGUCUGGGAUGUAGACCUCUCUCCGAGAGGGUUUGGCAGGUUGACACCACGAGGCACUGGGGAGAGGGGUAGUUAUUAAAAGUCAGUUAUUGGUCAGUUAUUCACCAGGCUUUGGCAUAAAGUCUCCAAGCAGCGGCUACAGUGUCCAAUGCGAAUCAUGUGUAGUGCACGGUACUAGCUGAGAUGCAAGUAUGGGUGAAAAUGG